AUGAGCUUCAGACCCGGCUUCGAACAAGUGCCACGCACUCAAUCCACGCCCUUUGACCUGCCUGGGCUUACCCUCCCCCUGAGCUUCAAGCCCCAAAGAGACUGGCACGAUCUCGUAUAUGGAAAUGCCUUGGACACUGAUGACAUUCAGGAUGGCUAUGUCGGCCAUUUGUUCGUCGUCAGAGAGCUCACGAUGAUGCGGAUCAUGGAAACGAUUACCGACAAGCCAAAUUGGGAAGAAAAAAUUUUCAAUGAGGAGAUUACUGCCAAGUGGAGAAAAGAGAUUGUGUAUGGCGAGAACGUCACUGAAUCAAUGAUGGACUUUGUCCUUGCCGAGCUGCGGUGGAAAACUGACGAAUAUAAAAAGACGGGGCUCAUAGAGUCGUAUGAUCCUGGUGUUGUCAAAUCUGAUACUGCAAUUCCACGCGAUAUCCAGCAGAGACUUCAGGAUCUGGCAAAGGCUCUUGAGCAGGAAGGCCCCAAGGACUAUCACCCCAACUCUGACGACAAGGUUGUUGAUCUGGUGCACCCGUCCCUCUUCCCCCUUGUCUAUGGCCAGACAAACGUUCUCCGAGACAGGUUCAUUGGGAUUGAUGACUGUUUCCGGAGCGUUGGCCUGGGAGAGCCCAUAGAAGUGCGAGAUGUUCCAAACGCCCAUUGGUAUAACUAUCCGGGUUACAGUAACCAGUUCCAGUGGCUUCCAUGCGAAGUCAAGUUUGACAGUAAUAGCGAAUGCCGAAUCGCCUCGUACAUCAACAAUCUGCAUCCGGCCAAACAUCGUGACCUUUACCGCGUUAUCGAACAGGUCCUCACGCGGACGAUUCCGCUGUGGGAGCAGAGUCUGGCGAACAAGUUUGACUCGAACCGUAUUCCAUAUAAGGAGAUUGAGUAUCUUCCCAGUGCCGAGCCAGAGCCCGAGUGGACAAGUGAUGAUGAAGAAGAUGAGGAUGAUUACUACGACCGGCAUCACGAAUGGCGCAAUGCUCGACAGCCAAAGCAUCCAGAUGCGUGUACAUUCAAACCCCCUGAAAAUCAUUUUCGGGAGAGGCCCAACUUGCAAGCCAACUACGCCGAUAAAGGCCUGCAAGUCAUAGUGAAGAUGGCUAAUAUCGAGCUUACGCCGGAGAAGCCGAAUUACGAUGGUGGGAGCUGGCAUAUUGAGGGGCAGCUGAAUGAACGAAUCUGCGCCACAGCCAUCUACUACUACGACUGCGAGAACAUCACCGACAACACCCUCUCAUUCCGCCACCGCGCAGACGACACUUUCUUUGAGGACUUUCACCGAUACGAGCAGGGCGAGUUCGCCUUCCUGCGCGUAUUUGGAUUCGAGCCCGACGCUGGGAUUGACGGAGGGGAGGACCAUUUCACGCAAGACCUGGGCGGCGUAUCAUGCCGCGAAGGCAGGCUUCUGACAUUCCCGAAUACGCUCCAGCACUGCGUCUCGCCAUUCUCGCUCGCGGACCCUUCUAAGCCUGGCCACCGCAAGAUUUUGGCAUUCUUCCUUAUUGACCCCACUCGCCGCAUAAUCUCCACGGCUAAUGUGCCCCCGCAGAGAGAGGAUUGGUGUGACGAGUGGAUGGAUGCCGUGCAGAAGGCUCUGGGUCAUCACCGACUGCCUGUUGAGCUUCAGGAUAUGAUUAUGAGGGAUGUGAACUAUGCCUCGAUGUCUAUGGAUGCGGCGAAGUAUUAUCGACUCAGGCUUAUGGAGGAGAGGAGUGUUAAAUCCACGGAUGCAAAUAGGGAGUUUGAGCAGGGUGGGUUUAAUCUUUGCGAGCACUGA